GGGUGUUGCGCACUUCUUAAAAGUCUUGCUCUGCAUGCACGCUCGCGUUUAACUGUUUCCCUGGCUGUGAAAUCUGAAUUUAUAUGUGGAAGCAAGAUAUUGAGCCUGGACUACAUUAAAGCAACUACUCUACAAGAGGACAGCAAGAUCUGGGCCUGUAGCUUAACAUAACCAGUUUGUAUUUUAUGCUUUAAUGACACUGGAUAGAAUGUCAAGGUAUUUCACAGUGUGGGUGUUUUUUGGCAUAUUGUGCCCCCUUCAGCUAGCUGUGGGGGCAUUUGAGUGUUCAGAGAAGGAAAAACUGCUGAAACUGAGCCCCAGCACGGUGACACAGCUAACGGACUGUUUAAUGGAGUGCACUGGGAUGACAUUCAUCAGAAAACUGCAACUUCAGGAUAAUCGUAAUAUACGGCUUAAAGAUUCUACAGAAGGAGACCUCGGGGAAUACUGUUGGUCUAUGGGGCUCAAGUGCACCAUUGGGGAGAGUUUUCAGCAAGCCUAUGUGGUGUUGCCUGUUGAUAUAUCUUCAGUCGGACCUGAGAUACUGGAAGUCAAAGUCAUUGCCCCCACUGCCACCACAUUGCACGCACACAACCUCCCCACCACAAUCGCAGAGAACUGUGGCCUCCGGUACGACGUCACUCAGCACUUCAGCACGGAGAGGACGGAGGCUUCAUUCUGCGUACAAGUUGUCACCCAGGAAGACAUCCUGGGGGACAAAGUUCUUAAAUGUCCUCCCUAUCUGGUCACCUUCUGGCAGAGAAAUCCAAGUCAGUCCAACCAAGAAGGUGAUGGAUAAAAUCUCAGUGAUGGAAUGAAUACUUUAAUUAAAGUAUUUAUACCACACUGAAAAUACAAGUAGUCCUGCAUUGGAAUUGUUACUUUAGUAAAAGUAUGUGAGUAUAAUCAGGGAAAAAUAGACCAUAAUUAGAUUAUUAUCACUAAUGAAUUAAUGUAAAAGCAGCAUUUUACUGUUGAGGUGUGUAUGUAUUUUGUCCAGGACAGCAUUAAUGAUUAUUUUCAUGACAGAUUAAUCUUUUGACUGUUUUCUUAAUUAAUUGAUUGAUUUUUUUUAUUAUUUUUUUGGUUUGUAAAAAUACUGAAAAUAUCAAGAAAUGCGUCACUAUUACCCAGAGUCAUAUAUAAACAUUUAAGCUAUAUAUCAUUGCUGAUUUGUGAUGCUCUAAAGAUAGCUUUCAUUGCACUCAUGAUAUACAUUAACAUUAACAUACCAUGGUACAUAAUUACAGUAUAUUGUGAACAUUUCUCAUGAUAUGGUAUUCUGUUUUAUAAGGGACAUUUUAAAAUUAGAAUAAAUGAUAAUCUUUUUUUAGGUUUUCUUUAUGUGAAUUUUGUUUCUUGUUUUAGUUGUGAAGCUAUUUGAUGGCAUUUGAGCAUAGAAGCAGAUGUGGAUCAUUUUGCAUGAGUGUCAAGCACUAAGAGACGUUUAUUGGAAAAUCUGCAAGACAUCAUCAGUGCUCUUCUGGAUUUAUUCAAAGGCAACCAGAGGGAUGUAAAAGUUCUCAGAUAAAUGAAAAAUGUAAAUAUGAGAUGUUAAUGGUUGUAAGUUUUUAUAGCGAUAUUAAAACGUUUUAUUUUUCUUUGUUCA